CAAGCCUGGGAGAGAGAAUUCUGUGCUUCAGGUCGAUGCGGACCGCGCGUCACAUUCUCAAGUUGGUUGAUGCCUUUGACUGUUGCUCGCCCCAUUCUGAAGAUGUGGAUGGCUGGCAACAGCAACACGGAGUGCUCGCUCGACAGGCGAGCUGCUUCACAUGCUCCCGGCCUUGUGCUCCUCAACAGCUUCCGUGGUACUGAAACCAAAUCCUGCUUACGGAUGGUACCAAAGGCUCGCUGUUUGUCAAGGGUCCUACCAAAAAGGUCAAGUUCACCACAAACGCACAUUCGUUCCCUCGUCCUGUUUUAUGUACGUGAGCAUCAGCAAUCGAAUCUGUUGCCAAGUAUAGCAGCUGCGCCAAAGGAAAAUACACAGGAGCACCUGCAUGCUCCACCCCUGUACGAAAAUUAAAUUCAGAAAAUACCAGAAAAUUUCAAGAAAAAAAAACUGAAAUCUUGGGAUCUCAAACUUGAGUGUCCAACUUACUCUUGUAUGAAGUUUUUGUAGAAAAUACCAGGGAACGUAUCAGUGGUGAAGAAAACACAAUCG